UGUUAGGGGACUUAAAGACGCCAGCCAGGUCUUUUUCUCCAACAAGUGAGGUGCUAAGUCCUGUUGAUUGACUAGAGGCCAUCCAUCCUGCUGUUUGCUUAUUCCCUGGACUCCUGCUCAUCUCUAACAUGGUUGAUGUUUGGAUCUGUGCUGGCUGUUGGAAGAUUGGUCUGUUAAUGACAUCACUGGUGUUGAGUCUACCUGCAUCUUGGGCCAGGGACAUCCCAGAGGAUUUCGUGUUUCAGCACAAGGCUGAGUGUUACUUCACCAACGGCACGCAGCUGGUGCGGCAUGUUUGUAGAUAUAUCUACAAUGAUGAGGAAUACGCUCACUUCGACAGCGUCUUGGGGGAGUUCGUGGCUGUGACAGAGUUGGGGCAGCCAAGCGCUGAGCGUUGGAACAAUCAGAAGGACUUCCUGGAGAAAGAACAAGCCGUUGUGGACGCGGUGUGCAGAUACAACUACGAGACAGACAAGUCUUUAGAGGUGGACAGAAGAGUCCAGCCCAGAGUGACCAUCUCCCCCUCCAAGACAGAGGCCCUGCAGCACCUACUAGUCUGCUCUGUCACUGGCUUCUAUCCAAGCAAGAUCAAGGUCACCUGGCUCAAGAAUGGGCAGGAGGAGACAGCUGGGGUUGUGUCCAGGGGUGUUAUACAAAAUGGAGACUGGACCUACCAGACCCUGGUCAUGUUGGAAAUGAUUCCUCAGAGCAGAGAUGUCUACACCUGCAGUGUGGAGCGUGCCAGCCUUCAGAGCCCCAUCAAUGUGGAAUGGAGGGUACAGUCUGAAUCUGCCCAGAACAAAUUGUUGAGUGGAAUUGGAGGCUUUGUCCUGGGGCUGAUCUUCCUAGGUGUAGGACCGAUCAUCCACCUGAAGAACCAGAAAGGAUGCACUGGGCCUCAGCCUGCAGGCCUGCUGAGGUGACCUUUGGAUUGUAUCCUUCAGAGAGAGUGCCUCCCAUCCCUGCUCUCCUUCCAGGGUCCCCAGUCAUCCCAGAGGGAGGAGCAGCCGAGUCAUUGU